AUGUCUAGAUACGAAGACGACCGCACCUACUACUCCCGCGAAAGAGGCCCUCGGGGCAGUGAGCGCGAGCAGUAUUAUGAGGAUGAUCGUGCUUGGAUGAGCGGUGGCCGUGGAGGAGGCCGCGGUCCUUCGCCUGACAGAUCCAGCUACGACCGUGGUUACGACCGCCGACCCCCGCCCCGGGGAUAUGACGAUGACAUCAUUCGCGACCGCCGAUACUACGAGGACGACCGCUACGAGCGCCGCACUGAUCGAUCGGGAAGCGCUGAAUACGAUCGUAGAGUCAUCUUUGAUAGAGAGCGCGACCGGGAGUAUCAGCGAGAGCCGUCUCCCAGGCGCCCUCCUGUUCUCGUCCGACGCCAGUCUUCUCUUGACACCUAUGAUCGCCGUCCUCUCCGUGGGUUCGAGCCACGCGAAGAGUACCCCGUGCCAGUGCGCCGAGAGGAUAUUCGCCGUGAAGAUUUCCGCGCUCCCGCUUACACGCCAAUCCCACUCCCAAGAACAGAGGGUAUGCCGCCACCCAGAAGAGGCGAGCAUGACCGCGAGUACUAUGACGAUGAACGAAUUAUUGACAGAGAGUACUACGCCAACGAUGGCCGCCCAGACAUCAUCCGUGAACGGGAAGUCAUUCACACUCAUGAUGAGCGGGAUCGGAGCCGUGAAUCCCGUGGAGCGCGCACUCAUAAAUCCUCCAAGCAUUCACCUCCGAGCAGCCGUUCAUCUUCGAGCAGCCGAACACGCAGCCAUGCUGGCACAUCUGUCAGGAGUGAAUAUCCCAAGCGCGGCAAGACAAAGAUUCCCAUGCACCUUGUCUCUACCCGAGCCAUUGUCGACCUCGGGUACCCCUUUAUUAUCGAGGGCAAUUCCAUCAUCAUUGGAAAGGCACUCGCACAAGAGCACAUUGACGAGGUUUUACGACUGAGCGACGAGUAUAAGAAGACUGAAGUUCAUAUUACCGACGGCAAGGGCGGUGAAAUUAUCGAGGAGAAGAUUGAACACAAGGAAGAGGUUGUUGUUGCACCCGUACAGGUACCAGUACAGGUACCCGUACCUGUAGUCGCACCUGCGCCUCCUCCACCACCUCCAGUUGUCAUUGCUCCGCCUCCCGUAGCUGAGGGACCGAUCAUCAUCGACGCAAGACCAAGUGACGACCUUGAUAUUGUGGAAGAAACGGUUAUCCGCACGUCUUCUCCUCACCGCCGACACCACCACCACCACCAUGACGAGCUCAUUAUUGACCGUCGCCGCUCUCGCUCACGCUCUCGAUCCGGUCGUGAAAUUCGUGCCGAAAUCAAAGCUCUAGAGAGAGAGCUGGUCCACCGCCCCAGAGUCGUCGAAGACUAUGACAUUGUGCGAUCCGAGAGAAUGGAAGACGGCCAGCUUGUUGUCUACGAAGAGCGCAUCGAACGAGCACACACGCACAAGCCAGCCCGAAUUGAAAAGGACAAGAAAGGCCCUCCUCCAGGACUUCUCAAAGCAAUGUUGACGACUCUCACCUGA